AUGUCCGCAUCACGAUUCGCUCCUCUCCUGAGAACCCGGGUGCCGGUACAAACUGCACCUAGCUUCCAGGUAAUUCGCUCCAUCUCAGCUACAGCCCCAUGCAACAAGGGACCGGUGGAUGCGACAAAGGAGACAUUGAAGAAAGCGGACCGAACUGUGUCGGAUGCAGCGGUCAAGGGCAUCAAUACGGGUGAAAAAGCCGCCAACAAGCUUAAGGAUGCCGUUGGCUCCGGGGCCAAGCAAGCAAGGGAAAAGGGGGAUGAGGUAAAGGGCGAAGCAUCCGAGUAUGCAGGCAAGGUGAAGGGUGAGGCGGCCGAGUAUGCAGGCAAGGGUAAAGGCAAGGCAGAAGAAGCACUGGGCGAAGCUAAGCAGAAGGCAAAGUAG